GGGAACGCAAGUGUUACAUUUGGAAAUAAGCUUAAUUUAUUUAAAUCAGCCUAGAGUGAAAAGUUUAUUUUUUCUACUGAAAAAGUUCGACGCAAUCGAUGAUUCAUGAGUGACUCUAAUAUGUUAGCAUUUAAGAGAUUAGUUUCGUGUAAUUCAUCUGGAUGAAGCUGGUUUUGCAUUUUUUUUUUUAGAAUCCAUUCCAUCUGUGUUCUACCACUAGAAAAUUAAGUUAGUUUGACGAACGCUAUAUAGUAAAUCAAAUACUGCCUGAAUAGAAGACCUUAAAAGUGAAAAAUAACUUCACAAUGUCAAAAGCGCAUUGGUUUACAAUUUGCAACAUCCUGUUUGCGUCACUACCGCUUGCAGUUCUUGGAAUCGAUCUAAGUCGUCUCUAUGGACAUUUGCCUCCGGUAUCGAAAAGGAGUGAGGCAUGUCAUCCAUAUGAACCAUUUAAAUGUCCUGGCGAUGGAAACUGUAUUUCGAUUCAGUAUCUAUGUGAUGGAGCACCUGACUGUUCGGAUGGAUAUGAUGAAGACAUGAGGCUUUGUACUGCUGCGAAACGACCACCUGUGGAAGAAACUGCAUCUUUUCUACAGAGCUUACUUGCUUCGCAUGGACCAAAUUAUCUGGAGAAGCUGUUCGGUAGUAAAGCACGUGAUGCACUUGCUCCUUUGGGAGGGGUGGAAAAGGUGGCAAUAGCCCUGAGUGAAUCACAGACUAUUGAAGAUUUUGGAGCGGCAUUGCAUUUGAUGCGGUCUGACUUGGAGCACUUGAGAUCUGUGUUUAUGGCUGUCGAAAAUGGUGACUUAGGUAUGCUUAAGUCAAUAGGCAUCAAAGAUUCGGAGCUUGGCGAUGUAAAGUUUUUCCUCGAAAAACUAGUCAAUACCGGAUUUCUUGAUUGAGUGGCACCAGAACCAUACUCGCCCUUUUACUAUUCGGUUCCUCUUCAACCACAGUUCUAUUCUUAUUUGGGUUCAUCAUUUGAUGGAUAUAACUACUAAUAUGGAUAUUUGCACAUGAUUUCCAGUAAAGCCAGAUAUGUGGUUACGAGAUACUGACUGACACACUAAAUAAAGCUCUAAACCACGUCUUUGCCUUUGCAAGUAAUAAUAUUAACUUUCAGUUGCUAGAUGGGUUAAAUUAUAUCAUUAAAUAACUAACAUCAAUUAUGUUGCAUAUAGUAGAAAGAUACAACAUCUGAUAGAGAAACUUAGAUAAGACUUGUUAAAAGUACACUUUUUUAUUUUAUCAGCAGAUUCGUCCGGCAUAUAGUGUUAAAAUUAUGAAUACACAUGUUUUUUGAUUGUCAGAUACACAGAUAUCACCCAAACUACUGAACGUUAAACAAAAUUCAAUUUACCAUACUCCAUAUAAGAAGAGUUGCAAAACAAAACUAGCCAGGGAAGGCAGAUAUUCAUUUGUUUACUUCGAUAGGUAUUUUAACCGGUUCCCAUAAUUAGCACAAUGAAAGUGUUGACAAUUUAGGUUUGCAACAAACUAUUUUGUUUAAUCCAUGAUAAACUAAAACAUCAUCAAACUAUUUGCUAGUUGAGCAACGAACAUUUUGUUUUUCAAACUAAAGUAUCAUCAAACCAUUUGCUAGUUGAGCAAAAAACCACAUACAUAUCAAGAGGAGUAGAGUACCUUAAUCUAGAACAUAAUCUGGAAAAUCACAUGCAAUCUCAACAUAAUGAUCGAAUUCAUAUUUACCAGACAUGCAUAAACUUUAAGAUAAUCAUAUUUUACAAACUCCACUUAUAUGUCGAGUAAAGAUGGAAAAUAAAUUUAUAAAAGAAUGUUGCGACUAGAUUAAGUAUAACGACGGAAAGUGAAACACAACCCAAUAUCUUAUGAAAGACCAUUGUUAUGUAUAUUUUUUUAUAUAUUCUCCAAACUCAUUUAUUGACGUUUUUACAAAAAACGUAAUGUUACCACAGUGAAAAAAAAAUCUAGAAGCUCGAAAAUACGGAUAUUGUUAAAAUAAAUUUUCAAAUAGUAUCAUCAUUUGAAAAUUAACCUGGACCUUGAAAAGUGUGAAAUGCUAAUAAAAGUGCGCUUUGACGUUUUAACAUCUUGGUGUCUUUUUCGCACUUAUUCUGCAUGAACCUUAUGAAUCAAAGGCAAAGUGUGAUUUAACGAAAAAGCGCACUUUUAUUAGCAUUUCCGUAUCUAGUAUCUUUUACACUAUGCGCAAUACGCCGCCAUGUUUCAUGCAUUUAUUUAUAGGAUUUUCCCGUUGGAAUUUUUUUCUCCUUGGUUUGGUUUCCGUAUAUACUGAGUUUAACAUUUAUUUCAGAGUUCAAGGUGUGUUUCAUAUUCAUGAUUCAGCCAUGUUGGAUUUUUGUAUGGGACAGCGACCGAGUUUGUUUACAAUUUGCUCUAAAACCGAACACCCCCUCCCUCCCCCAGCAAUCUCAUCUGCCAUGUAGUGACAAAGCUUUAUCACCAUGUAUAUACCCACCAUGGUCGAGUUAUUGUCUGGUUCAGGGUUUUUAAUCGAUAAUCGUCGAUAACGACUGCGUUAAUGUCUGCAAAAUCACCAUUGCAUACGUUAUCGACGGUUAUCGAUCAACAACCCUUGUCAGGUUCACCAUUUUGCUUGAUACGAGCUGCUAGUUUUUCUUUUCACAUAGCUAUUUAAAUAAUUUUUAAUGAAGUUUAAAAAAAAAUAAAUCAUAACAUAUCUUUAAUACAGAUAAUGUAACAUAUCAAAACUCCAAAGAACUGGUCAUGUUUAAAAGAAGGUAAAACCUCCUUUUUUAUUCUGAUUUGUCUUAAUGUUACGACAAGCUGCUUUGAAAGUGCAAAAAAUAACUAGAACAACAAAACUCCAAAGAACUGCUCAUAUUUGAAAGAAGGUAAAAUCUCCUAUUUUUUUUAACUUUUGCAUCAGUGAUUUACAUGAAUCAAUUUUAAAUUGUUAUUUGUAUUCAGUUUAAACUACAAAAUAAAAUUUUCUUUUCAAAAAUUUACCCUUCUUUUGGUCACAUGCUGUUCUUCCAUUUGUCUUAAUUUCGGGGUAAUGGCCAUUCGGGGUAGUAGGACAGUCGGGGUAGUGGCAUUUGGGGUAACGGCGUUCGGUGUUAUGGCGUUCGGGGUAGUGACAUUCGGGGUAGUGUCAUAGAUUCCACAAAAAGACAUCAAAUUUGCAAAGCAAAUAAAUUCAUAUUUAUGUAGCAGUUAUAUUUUAUUUUUAGCUAUUUUAAUGGUAUACACGCGUCUGGCUGAAAAUCUCCUUAAUAAAGACAACCAACCAACCAACCAACCAAUGGUAUACACUUAUUACAAGAUGAUUUAAAGCUUAUUGAUAAGCAAUGUUUAUCUUUAAAACAUCAUUUACAAUAGUUAGUAAGUGCCACGAAGAAUACUAAAAUGUUACAACUAUUUGAAUUAAUCUAAAACUAUUUCAAUAUGUUUGGUAUAAUUGUUCUUAGACUUCAUUUUUCUGUCCUCUAAAAUGACAACGUGCUCUAUUUAAUUAACGCAACUUGCACAAUCUACACUCUGUAUACUGUCCUUGAGCUUACCUUGUGACAACUAUGUAUUACUAUAAACAUUACAAACAAAAUUUACAAACAUGAAAACUAGAACGGAUAAAUAAUAUGUCUAGCCAUAAUAAAAACAAACUGAAGUUUUCUUUAACUUUUGUGACACAGAAUUUGGUACAAUGUGUGAUAAAAUACAAAAACUUUAUUAUGUUGAGCAAUACAAAUUGAAAACUAUGAAAAUAUAAUUUUCAGUAAUUAGGUCUACAUUUGAGUAUGUUUUCC